GACAGAGCGGAGUAAACUCAGACAGUGAGGAAACACAGACCGCAGAAUUACAACCAUGAAGGCUGUGAAUGCAGUGCAACUGUUCUCUCUGUUUUGGACCUUUACUGCUCUCUGUCAAGCUAAUGAAGAUAUCAGUGUAAGCUGUGAGAAUGUGACUGGAUCUGUGGGGGAGGAAGUAAAUCUCCACUGCAGCGUCUCACUAAUGUGCCCUUGUUCCAUUAAAAAGUAUAAGUUUCAAUAUCUUAAAGACCCAGCCAUCUGUACAACAGAGUCUCCUAAAGAUUCCUGUAAACAGAGUAACAUCUUAACAUGCCGCUACACUCCAACAACAGCAAUUACAGGAAAAUUCAGCUUCUUUGUGCAAACAACCUGUGGAAUGAAUACAACAGAAUUCACAGUGGAGAUAACAGAGUCAUUCAUCUUUAAUGAAACUCAUGUUGCUGAAUCUACGAAUGCUGUAUCUAUGGAUGCUGUCAUCACUCCAGUUGUGGGCUUAUCUGUCAUCUUCAUCAUCAUCAUCAUCUUAAUGGCAAUAAUUAGCAAAAAACAAUCUUUUGGGUUCCAGAAGAGGAUGUGCAUCAAAAAUGAUGAUGGCAACAGUAAUUGUCUUGAAGAAGUGAUAUACUCUAAUAUUGAUUCAGCAAAACCAAACUAAUGAGUUUUAUUUGACUUUUCAUGUAGUGCUCAUGAAACACACAAGCUU